ACAUUAGUUAAUAUAAAAUUGCUUGAACUGAAAUCAAUUCAAAGUAGAAACAGCGCGCUUACAUGCAAGUAAAAUCUUUUAUUUUCUCUUCGUUUUCAAAUGGAACAAACAAGAGAAACUGAAAACUGUCAAAUAACGUGUCGUGUGAAUAGUGUAAUUUGCAUACGUAAUUGAGAGGAAGAACAAUGUAAUUCACGACGCCUUGGAAAAAAUCGAUUAUCCGUUCUAGUUGUCGACUAUGCAUUAUUUCAAUAAUUCAUUAAUCUUUUGAUUGUGUGGUGUUUAUUCGCUUUUUAACAAUGUCUGCUGAAGAGGAGAAAUUUGAUAGAUUAUUAUUGGCAAUAGCUGAACAGCAUAAGAAUGGGAUUCCUGAGUUUUUAGGCACAAUUGCAAGCUUUUUGCGUCGAAAAACUGACUUCUUCAGUGGUGCUUCGCAGUCUAAAUGGGAAGGUUUGCUUUUAAAAGUGUUUCAAAAGGAGUCGGAAUUAGUAAUUGAAGAGCCUAAAAAUGAACCAACCAAAAUAGAAACCGCUAAAAAAGAACCCGAAACGUUAAAAAAUAAAAAAGACGAGCCUAUAUCCGAAAUCAGAGAGGUAGAGAAUUCAAUUCAAGAGGAGCUGUCAACACCAAUAAAUGAGGCUGACGAUUCUGAGAAGGAUGAAGUCGGAAAGCUGAAACCAAAUGCGGGCAACGGUUGCACUCUAGAUAAAUAUUCAUGGACGCAAACUCUUCAAGAAGUAGAGAUAAAAGUGCCCCUAAGCAAUUCAUCGCCUUUGAGAGCUAGGGAUAUAGCGGUAACUAUAGGCAAAACAUCACUCAAAGUUGGCUUGAAAAACCAGGAACCUAUUAUAAAUGGACAGCUUAAUGCAGAAGUCAAACAAGAGGACUCAGUAUGGGUUCUUCAAGAUAACAAAACAGUACUUAUUACAUUAGAGAAGAUCAAUAAAAUGACCUGGUGGGACCGGUUAAUUACGACGGAUCCACCAAUAUCUACUCGCAAAAUUAAUCCAGAACCAUCAAAGCUGUCUGAUCUGGAUGGAGAAACGCGGAGUUUGGUUGAGAAGAUGAUGUACGAUCAAAGACAAAAGGAGAUGGGAUUACCAACCAGUGAAGAAAAGAAGAAAAUGGAAAUUUUAGAGAAGUUUAAAAUGCAACAUCCUGAAAUGGACUUCUCUAAUUGCAAAUUCAAUUAAACAUUAACAGCAUGUGACAUAUGUAAUGCCUUCGUAUAAGAAUCCACUUGCAUAUUCUUUUUCAGUACCUCACUAAAUAUAUUAUUUUUCAAUCAAUA